AUGUCAUCCAAUAUAGAUGUCAGGUUUGCUGGUACAGGCAAUGAAAAGCAAUUUAUUAGACAACUACAUGAGAAAGAUGCGUCUACCAUAAGGUUCAUUGAUCACAACAACAAGGAUUAUUUUACGUGUUUAGAAGAUGAUGCAGAAUUGAUUGCAGAUGAAAUAUACAAAACUAGAUCAGUCAUCAAGACAUCAGACAAAACAAAGUAUGUUACAAUAUCUCCACAAGUGUUUCAAACUGUUUUGAAGUUUUGCUUAUUGGAGAAACAAUUUAGAGUAGAGAUUUAUAACAAUAGAACUUAUCAGUUAUUGGUUAGUGGUACCGCUGGUAAUCUUGAAGGUAUAAGUAAGGAAUAUGGUAUAAACUUUGAAUUCCAAGAUUGUUCUGGCUCAUCUAUUGCUGCAAUCAAGUUACAAGGGAAUUCGGUCGGUGUUUGCAUUAUUGAGGACAGCAAGAUCUAUCUUUGUGAAUUUGAAGACAAUGAAUUGUACUCAAACUUGGAGGGGUUGUUGUUACAAUUUGGUAUCAAGGAGGUUGUUUUGCCUAAUUUGUCCGAGAAGAAGCUUUUGCAAGUGAUCAACAAAAUUGGUAACGUCGUAGUUAGCACAAUUUCUGCAUUCAAUACCAAAAAUAUAGAACAGGACUUGGUAAAGUUGUUGGAGGAGGAUAAUAUUCAGAUGAUGUUUUCAUCAAAGGGUAUGAAAUUGACAGAGUAUUCACUUUCAUUGUCGUGUUGUAAUGCACUUGUUGCUUACUUGGAAUUACUUGAAAACGAUUCUAAACACUUUUCCGUUGAUAAAUAUGAUUUGUCAGCAUAUAUGAAAUUGGAUUCUUCUACAAUCAAAGCAUUGAAUGUAUUUCCUGAGUUCAAAUCCACAUCUAUAAACUCCAUAUUUGAACUUCUCAACAAGUGCAAGACUUCCGGUGGUUCAAGAUUGUUGUCCCAAUGGUUGAAACAGCCUUUGACUAAUGUUGAGGCUAUUGAAGAACGUCAAUCAUUGGUUCAGUUGUUAAUGGAGGAUGCUAGUUUGAGAGUAGCUGUGCAAAAUGUAUUGACGCAAGUUCCUGACAUUAAGAGAUUGUUGAAGAAAAUGACAAUUGCAAUAGGCAAGAUAGGUAAUGAGAAUAAAAAAUUGGAAGACUUGGUGAGAUUGUACCAGUUGGUGCUUGUAUUACCGGACUUGAUUGAAGUCUUGAAAGAUCAAGGUGAUUUAGUUAUCAAGUACUGGCUAGAUCCUAUCUCAAAACACCAUCAGGCGUUACUCAAAUUUCAAGAACUUGUCGAAACAACAGUUGACCUUAAAGGGUUGAGUGACCUAAAUUCGAAUUUUGACAUUAGACCGGAAUUUGAUGCUUCAUUGGUAUCGAUCAAUGAAAGAAAGCAGUCGUCGCUUGAGCAAAUAAAACAAUUGCAUUUGCAAGUAGCUGAUGAUUUGAAUAUGGAUCUGGAAAAGAAAUUGAAGCUAGAACAACAUCAACAACAUGGAUAUUGCUUAAGACUUACCAGAAAUGAUUCGGUUGUGUUGCGUAAUAAUAAAAACUACAUCGAAUUACAAACUGUCAAAGCCGGAGUUUAUUUCACCACCGCCCAAUUAAGAAAGUUGUCUCAAGUUUAUUCCAAUUCGUGUGAUGAAUAUAACAUCAAACAACGAGAAUUGAUUAGAGAAGUUCUCUCCAUUUCAUUGACUUAUCAAGGUGUAUUCUCAGUCUUGAGUUUAGAUCUUUCUCAUUUAGACGUGAUUACAAGUUUUGCAAAUGUGGCUCUACUUGCUCCAACAUCAUUCACCAAACCAAAAUUGAUUCCCAUGGAUUCAAAAGAGAGAAGAAUAAGCCUUCACGAUUCAAGACACCCUUUGCUUGAAGUACAAGAUCAUGUUGACUUUAUCCCAAAUGACGUGCUGAUGGGUAAUAAAUUCUUCAACAUAAUAACAGGACCAAAUAUGGGUGGUAAGUCAACGUAUUUGAAACAGAUUGCCACUACUGGAUUAAUGGCACAGGUGGGAUCAUUCAUUCCUGCCGAGCUGGGUGCAGAAUUGCCCGUUUUUGAUGCAAUUUUAUCGCGUGUUGGUGCUGGAGAUUCACAAUUGAAGGGAUUGUCAACAUUUAUGAUUGAAAUGUUGGAGACUUCUUCCAUAUUAGCUACAGCUACGUCAAACUCGUUAUUGAUUAUCGAUGAGUUGGGAAGAGGAACUUCAACCUAUGAUGGGUUUGGGCUUGCAUGGUCAAUUCUGGAACAUCUUAUUCAAACCAAGAAAUGCUUUGCUUUGUUUGCUACCCAUUUCCACGAAUUGAACAAACUUGCUGAAAAAUACCCACAUUCGGUUGAGAAUUUACACGUUGUUGCUUAUGUUGAGAAUAAAGAUGAUAUUACAUUGAUGUAUAAAAUUGAGCCCGGUAUUUCAUCCAAAUCCUUUGGUAUAAAUGUUGCAGAAAUGGUGAAAUUUCCACCUAAGAUUAUCAAUAUGGCCAAAAGGAAAGCUGAUGAGUUACAAAAUGAUGGAAAUUUGAAAAAGAGUCAUAUUGAUGGUAAACAAUUGAAGCUGGAAGUUGAAGAAUUAAAAUCCGUUUUGAAAAAGUGGAGAGAGGAGAAUCAUUAUGAUGUGUCUACUGCUAGUGAAAGUUUAAAAGAGUUGUUGAAGAAUACAUCUAAUGGGUACAUUUCGGAGUUGAUACAAACUUUAUAA